UGAUAUUAUUCAAGAAUUUGCUGACUUGUUAAUUUAUUAUACACUGAUAAAUAGGAGACAGAAUAAGGACGUAAUAGUGUUGACAAGGAUAUAAUAGAUGAUGGAUUUACGUUUGGCGGUAAUAGCCAUUUUAAUGAAUGUUUCCGAAUCUGCAAAAAUGGAUUCAGUUGAAGUUUGGUCCAACUGGCAAUCAUGGUCAGCAUGCAGCGUGACUUGUGGCUUUGGUAUAAUGAAAAGAGAACGAUUUUGCAAGAAUUCUCCAUCACCGGCCUGCAGGAAGACAGAUUCGAGGGCUUGCAUACUAAAGAGCUGCAGUGAACCCGAUGGUACGCGUAAGUUAAGAGACGCUUUGACACAUUCAAAAUGGGGUUCAUGGUCAAGGUGUAGUGCAUCAUGUGGAAUUGGAAUAACAAGAAGAUCACGGAUGUGUUUGAACGUGAAUUAUUCUCCCAGAAAAUGCUUACUUCAGCAAUCUCGAUCGUGUCGUGGUGGUCGAUGUGCACCUCAGAAAAAAUCAAUGACCACAAACUGGAAAUCGUGGAGUCCCUGGACAGCAUGCAGUGCAUCAUGUGGAGGGGGACAAAGAACCAGAACUCGGACGUGUCAACGUCAAAAUAUGGAGACAAAAUGUGUUCAUACUGAAACAGACCCGCAUUGCAACGAUAUUAGAUGUCCUACCAGACGUGCUACGUGGGGAUCUUGGUCAUAUUGGUCAAAAUGUACAAAGACCUGUGGACGUGGUUUGAAAAUUAGAAAACGAGUUUGUAAUAACAUGGCAAUGUCAUCAUCUCGAUGUCCAGGGAGAAGAGAACAAGUGUAUUCAUGCGAAAGUUCAAAUCCGUGUCCAAAAGACAACUGGACCUCGUGGGGUGAUUGGACCAAAUGCUCAAAAUCAUGUGGCAACGGAACAAAAAUAAGAAAAAGAGCCUGCCCUGGUGGAAUGCCAAGUCGAGGAAACUGCCUCGGUUUGGAUGAAGAAAAUACGCCAUGCUUGUUGAAAGAAUGUGUCAAAGAAUCAUGGACCUCAUGGGGCGAGUGGAGUCAGUGUUCCCUAAGUUGUGGGUCUGGAACAACAAUUAGAAAGAGAGCAUGUAAAGGCGGAGAAACAAAUCGGGGAAAUUGUCCAGGUGCUAAUGAAGAAAGUGCACCAUGUAACAAAAAAAAAUGUGUGCAAGAAGGAUCUGAACCUGCUUGGACCGAAUGGGGAAGUUGGAGUGCGUGCGCUAAAUCGUGCGGUCCUAGUUGGAAGAGUCGUACCAGAGUCUGUUUGAAUAACGGAGAUUUUUCAUUCAAUUGCAUUGGACAUCCCGUCAUAUAUGAUAAAUGUUUUAUCGACUGUUCAGCUACCGAGCCAUGGGGUCCUUGGGGAUUGUGUUCUGCAACGUGCAAUUCGGGUGUCAGAACGAGAACAAGAAAAUGCCGGUCUGGACCUAGAUGUAAGAAAGGAAAACAGAAGCAAACUGAUCCAAAACCAUGUAACCCAGGGAAAUGUAUUGAUUAUAGCAAAUGCGGACAAGCCGGAGAUGAACGUAAUAUAUUACUCGAGGAAGUGGUCGGCAGAGUUGUGAGAGGCAGUGAUGCUGCAAAUGCCGCUUGGCCUUGGCAAGUGAUGAUUGCAAACAAAUACGACAAUGUUAAAGAGAGUUACAAGAGUCUGGUAGGCGGAGGUUCCAUUAUCAACAAUAAGUGGAUAUUAACUGCAUCACACAUCAUUCGUUCUGAUUUACGGAGAAUCAUCAUGAUAUUGGGCUUGACCAAAAUUCCAGAGAUGGACGAACGAACACCAGACCAUAUUAGAAUAGUGGAACCAGCUCGAAUGAUGCGACAUCCGAAAAGCGUUCCCAAUGAUUUUGAUUACGACGCCGCUCUUCUUGAAAUUGGAAAGCGUAUCAUCAUCGAUGAAAAAGGACGAAUUGUUGGCAAAGAAGAUUUUAAAUUGUCGUUUUCUGAGCAGAUCAGACCUGUCUGUUUGCCAUGCCUUUCUCAUUAUGGAGGAAAACCGGGACAAUUCGUAAACGGUGUCCGACUUAGGAAACCAACCAAUCCCCCUUGUUCAGGAAGAAAACUUCUGAGACCUGGAAAUAAAGUUGUAGUAACGGGAUAUGGUGAUCAAAAUCCAAUUCUCACUCACGGAGACAAACCGCAAUUACCACCAAUUCUUCAGCAAGGUUUACUGAAAUUGCUUGACAAUAAUGGAUGUGCUAAAGGACGUAGAGUAAUCAAAAGAGUGUCUGCAUGGGCUGACGCGAAGUUCACUAGUAGAAUGCUAUGCGCAAACUCGGCCAUGAAAAGGCCGGUUGUGGAUGCUUGUCGUGGAGACAGUGGCGGACCUCUAACGAAAAUGGUUUCCACACCCAAAGGAGGAAGAUACUGGGUUCAAGUGGGUAUUGUAAGUUGGGGACUUGGUUGCGCACAUCAACGACCGAACAACUACACGAUACCUGGAUAUUUCACGAACGUUUUUUCUAUUAGGCAAUGGUUAUUGAAAACGAUGUCUACAUAACUAAUAUUAUGGUUAAUAAUUUUUACUUUAAUUUGCUAACUAAAAGCCGUCAGAGAAUAUAAUAAACUAUUUUUUCUAUUUUAUAGUAAUGUAUAUUCACUUGAGAGUUCAAUUUUUUUAUAUUCCCUCUUUUAUUUUUGUAAAUUCAUUAUGAAACAUUCCAUUAAGUAUUCUAUAUUUCUAAUUAAAAUAGAAAUGGCACUGCUUGUUUUUUGUGAGAUUAAUGAUGAUUGUCUUUUAACCUUACUAGCCAAUUAGUCACUAUUCAGAAUACGUCUUGAGCCUUUAAAUUGGAAGAAUUCGUUGUCAAUUUCCCAAAUUUGUUCGACAAAUUGGGCUCUAUCAUAUUGACUGGAUAUAUUGAUUAUCAAUUUGAGAAAAUUUUAUUUAUCCCUGUCGAAGUGUAAUCCACAGAUACACCGAUUUAUAAUUGCCUUAAUACUUUUUUUGUAAGCUAAGGACUGCAGCGCAGUUCAUUUCACUUUCUGUAUAUUAUUAGACACCAAAGAUAUAUUAUUUAUCUCGAUUGAUCCAUUGACAACAUUCAUCAAAGCGCAGCUAUUUCCUGUAAGAAUAGCGGAAAUGAGGCUUGCAAUGUUGUGUUUUUAGUCAAUAACAUCAGAUAUUGUUUUACAAAAUAUAUGGAAGACUUGAGCUGGUCGCAAGUUAACCAUGAAAAUAUUUUCUACAAUAUUCAAUUCCUCAUUUCUAGCGUAUUGUAUAUUUUAACGCUUUAUAUAUUUAUUUAUAUAAACAUUCGAUGCAACGUUUUGCUCUGAAUUACGUUUGCACUAAUUUAAAAUUGUUUAUUAUCGUAUCGUUUCGUUUUUGCCACGUAUUUUGUUUUUUAUUUCAUGAGUUAUUAUCGGGCCAGAAAGUUACUGGGCAAUUUAUGCUGAGUCUGGUCUACCUCUGUUAUAUCUCG